UGGUGAUGGGAAAUGAGACGAUUGAAGAGGGUAUUUUCAUCUCUCGGUUUGAUAGAGGGAGAGAGAAGUUGCGUCCUAGCUUGCGGGUUACAUAAGCGGAUGCUCUAGGUAUUGAUUACGUGAUCCGCAUCGUCAUUAGACCGGGGAAAACAACACCUCCUCGACUGCUUCGAGCACAAUUGAUAAAAAAAGCAAAGCUUAUAGAAGAAAGUGGGAAUACAAUGGCAGACGGCGGGGAUUCCGGAAACCCAGUUAAGGUGUUCACAUCUGCCGAUCGAAUUCGACAAUUGAAUGAAGUGGACAAGGAUGUCACUAAACUGAUCCACUCCGCCGGCCUCGCAAUCCAGGCUCUCACAAACGCCAAAUCCGCUGACUCCUCCACCGCCGAGAACUCGCUCGAGUCCCAUAAAGCCCGGUUCAAAGAAGCUACAUCGCAGUACUUUGCUCUCCUCUCGUCUAUUGAUGUCCGGCUCCGUCGCCAGGUCUACGCGCUCGAGGAAGCUUCUAUACUGGCGCCGGACCCAUCGUCGUCUCGAUCGGCGGAUAUACCUGCGUCUGGCGCGGGCGCUGUGGGAGCAGCAGCCAAUCCCUUGGAUGUGAGCUGGCUGAACAGUAGGAAGGAUACCGUGGGGAAGGAGAAGGAGGCAGAGCUUUGGGCUGCUGCGAGGGAGUUUGUCGAGGAGAUUAAUCAGUCUUCGUCUCGGGAUAGGAGUGGUAAGCUGGAAGAUGGGGUUGAGGAGAAGAUGGAGGUUGAUUGAGUUCGUCCUUAGCUGGGAUUUUGUUGACUUGUUUUUUUUUUUUUUUUUUGGUAAGGUGGGCGGGCUUUCUUGUAUAUGGUCCUGCUUGGCUACGGCGUUAGGUGGCAUGCGAGAGCCUCGACAAACCUUUCGCUGAUGUCUUUUUUUAUUUUCUUACCUUGUUUAUUAUGGGGGAAUUUCGACAACUAUUGCAUCUGAUAGCGGCUAAGAUGCUUGUGAUACCCAGACUUGGAGGCAUUAAAAUGCGAGAAUAUAUCUUUUGAUACCUGCUGAGUGUCUAGAAACGUAAAGCGAAGCACGCUGAAGACAAUCAUCUUUGUAGACAGGACAGUCCAUUUACAUACAAGCACCUGAGCCUGAUCCACAAAAAGAG